AAGAAAAAAAAAUGGGGCUUUAAAAACAGGCGGGCUUCACUCGCCGGACUGCUUUCGUCUCCAGACGCGUCGCGCCCUCCCAACUCUUCAUGGUUUUCCUCAAGCGCUCCAUCCCCGCCAAUCCGAAGAAGAGGCCUGCCCCACCUUCAGUUGAUAUCCACCCUUCCGUCGCCGCCGCCUCUGCUGCAACCCUAGGUCCCGACCCCCACCGCAAUGCCGCCUUCUCCACUAACCCUGUUGGAGCUCCUGCCACUGAAUCCGUCGGCGGCGAAGUUGGGAACGCGAAAGGCAAGGGUAUCCGUGCAACAGGAGGAGAUGAUGAAGAUCCUGACAUGAGAAUGAUGGUUUCCCUUUUAGCCGAAGCCGGUUGCACCCUUCGUGUAUCAGGCGACGCUCCUCCGUCUCUCCCCUCCAAUCCUCACAAAUUUCGCCGCCAUAUUGAGUCUCGUCUCACCACAGCUGAAGACCCCUCUAUUCUCCCUCGUUUCCUUUCCGGUUUCGCUUCCUACAUCCAAGACCCUCAAAACCUCCGCAGGGUUUUGAUCCCCGCAAGCCAUGAUGGUGGCUGCUCGACUUGGGGGGAGAGUCUUACUCGGGUGCUUCUACUGGUGGCUCCGAUCCAGCCGCAGAUGCUUAAUAUGCUGCUUGAGAAGCUGCCCGAACAUUUCAUUGAUGUUGCAGCACAAGCCGGUCGCUCCCUGAAGGAUGACAUUGCGAGGUUAAUCGUGAACCAGUUACGAUGGCUCGAUUUCCUAGUGGAUUCCGGGGUUUUUGCCGAGAAGCUUAUGGAGGCCCUUUCUAUUUCCCCUCCCGAGCUUAAGAAGGAGAUAAUUGGUUCGCUACCGGAGAUUAUUGGGGAUAAAAGCCACGCCACGGUGGUCGCCGCUCUGGAGAAGAUACUCAUGGAAGAUUCAGAGGUCAUUGUUCCAGUGCUUGAUUCUUUCACUGCUCUGAAUUUGGAUGAACAGCUUCAGGAGCAGGUCGUCACAAUUGCGUUGUCCCACAUCAGAACCGUGGAUGUCGGGCACAUAGCUCACUUGCUUAGGUUUUUAUUGCUUUCUGCAACACCUCAAAAUGCUGGGAGGAUCAUAACACAAAUUCGCGACCAGUUGAAAUUUAUUGUGGCGGUGGAUCCUUGUUCUGCCAGAAACAAAAAGCUCAAAGAAAAAUCUAUAGCCGAAAACACGGAAGUUUCAAUCUUUGAUGCCUUGAGAUCAAGUCUGCGAUUCAAGAAUAUUCUAUGCGAGGCUGUUUUGAAAGAGCUGAAGUCUCUAGACCAGUCACGCCUUCAUAAGGCCAUAGAUAUAUGGUUUCUCAUGCUCAUAUACAGCAACGGCGGAUCCUUACAGAAAGAUGCUCAGAAAAUAUUUAAGAAGAAAAUAGUAAAUGGUUGUUUUUGUGAGGCUCUGUUUGACCAAUGUAUUACUGGGCAACGGGAGUUGGUAAAGGACCACUUCGCAUCUUUUGUUUCUCUUUGUGAAUACCUUCUUUCUUGUAAAGAAAAACAAGUGAGAAAUUUCGGCAUUCACUUAUACACGUCAUUAUUUGAAGAGUUCAAAGAUACUUACUCGAGGCAAGAGGUUCUGGGCGCUUUAGUGACACAUAUUGGCUCUGGGAUAGCUUAUGAAGUUAGUUCAGCGCUGGAAACAUUAAUUGUAUUGAGUUCUAGAUACACUGAGGAUUUGAUCCCAAUUUCAUCACAUGUAACCGGUAUCUUGGACUACAUGGAGUGCUUUCAAGAAGACAACCUUCAUAAGGUUUAUGAAGUCUUUUCUAGUUUAGCACUGUCAGCUAGAUCUCGAGCUGAUACUGUUAAAUCUUCCAUUGCAAAUGAAGUGUUCAUGAUAAUUAGAAAACAGGUCAGCAAUACUGAUAUGAGGUACAAGAAGAUGGGGAUAAUUGGAACUUUAAAAAUAGUUUCCACGCUUGGAAAUGCAAAAGUUCCUUCCAGGUUUUUGUCAUCUCAGAAAUCAAACUCUGAUGAUGCAUUGGAGCUGCUGCAGAUGUCUUUAGAUUCAUGCAAAUCGGUGCCUUUAACAUUGAUUCUAUUUUAUGACGAGCUAAUUGCUCUUUUGGAGGACAGAGUUCUUAAGCCAGAAAUUAUUGAAUGGAUUGGAAAGCAUGUUAGUGAAUUCGAGCCAAUGUUUUUAUCCGAUCUUGAGAGAGGUCAGUUGCCAUCAAAUAUCUCUUGUGAUGGGAUAGAAGGAGAACUAUGGAUAAAUUUGGAUGGUGAUGCAUCUCCUAUAGUCUUGAAGAUCCUGCCAUUACUUACUUCAUCACUGCCACAACAAUCAGAUUCUUUGCAGAUUCUUCCUUCUCAAUUUUUGUUAUUAUCUGUAGUUGAAAGACUGUCAAACCAGGGAUCACUUGGUGGUAUUGAUGCACUUCUUGGUUGUCCCCUGCAUCUUCCUUCUCCCAAGUAUUUCUCUGGAAUUCAAUGGAAGAAGCUGACAGAAAAGCAGAAGAAGAUCGUGUGCUUAUCUCUUUUUCAUGCAGUCAACUGGAUUAGGGAACUGCUAAAUGCAUUUAGCUCACAAAUUGCUGACAAAGUUGAAAGCGUAACUCCUAAUACCAAAGAUGAGACAGUUAAAAAAUUAUCAAAUCGUCUAAGAAGCCUGGUUGUGAUGGAGAGUAUAUUGGAUGGUAUCCUGAAGCCUUGUCCACUAUCCCUUCCUGAAGUAUGUUAUUCUAUAGACCAAUUUGGACAAAACUUUCAGGGAAAGAAGGGUUCUGAAAGAGUAUCGUCUGAGGUUGUUCUAGCAAAGCAGAAAAAAAAGCAUAAAACAGAUCCAUCAGCCUCUGGAAAUUUAGAUCCUAACGGAAUGCUGAGGCAGCCUACUAUAAUUGAUGCCCUAAAUAAAGCAGCGUUGGCAAGUCAAGAAGGUUUGGAUGAGGGUUCUCCAAGGUAUCUUUCUCAUGAGAAAACACAGCGGUGUGCUAGUCAUUGCCCUGGCAAUGCUGAUGAAGUUGAGGUUGUAGAUUUAUCUGCAGAAUCUAAAUUCUUAGAUGCUCAAAGAUCUAAAUUCAGACCUCUAAAUGCUGAUUCCUUGUCUCUACUAUCUUACUCCGAGUGUAAACAUGAUUGUUGUGCUGAUCCUGCAGCUGAGCUCCCUCUUCAUUUGUACCUACUGCGAGAACUUCGCCGCAAACUGAAUGACUUUAGUUCUCCGAUCAAGCAAUGCUUUACUGCAUGUCCAGAUAAGGCAUCACCUGGCAUGAGCAGGAUGGCAAGUAUUGAUUUUCUUAUCAAGAUAAAGUCAGCCAUUGGCAGUCUAAGAAAACAUCUGGAUAAUGCAAUUUCUAUUCUUAGAGAUGUAGGUCCUGAAAAUUGCCAGAAUCAUUGGAAAUCUCAAUCUUGUUCUGCUGGAAUCCCAGAGUUGUCUAAUCUGAUGAUGUCAGAAUCUUCUGUUGCCAGUUCUGUAUUUAGAGAAGUACUUCGCUGUUACAGCUUGAUUUUAUCCAUUGGCGAACUAUACCAUGGGGAAAAUUUGCGAAUUCUCAAGGACUUGCUUGAAGUUUUCCAGCCAACUGAAGCACUGCAAGAUUUCUUUUCAGGGCUUCAACAACAUCCAGCGCCUGGAAGCAUAGAUUACAUGUAUUGUGGCGUGUACUCAUUUCUUGAGGGCAUCCUUGAAAAAUCAUUCUUCUUGUCAUUUUUGCUGGCAUCAGAAGUGGUUGCUGCUCUUCAAUCACUAGUUAAUUCAAUGGCGGUUUUGAUAAAGUCUCAGGAGACAAAGGGGAAGAACAUCAAUAUGGGAUGCUCCCAGAAUAUACUUGACUUUCUAAGAAAAAGGCUUUCCAUUUCUGCCCACAAGCUAUUAGCAUAUGAUUGGAGUAGUAAGGAUAGUGAGACUGAAUGGAAGGGCAAUGGGGAUUUUUUGCAAAAGAUAUUGAAGAUAUAUCUGACAAAUUCAGAGUCUACCUCCGAAUUGCUAGAUGAGCUGGCAUGCUCAAUUUUGCCACAGGCUCUUUCGGUUAAAACUAUUACAUCACAAGAUGCUACACAUGGCUUUCCAACUUUGGGCCCAACCACUCUUCUUACAUGGUACAGGGUACUGCACGAAGAGAACAUCAAUGUUUUAAGUAAGCUGGUUAAGGAAGUGAAGAUGAUGCAUGGAAAAACUACUCAAAGGGAGGCUGCAGAAAAAAUGUUGUUAAAGAUCCAACAAUCAGUCCAUGUGGUUGUUUCUUUAGUCAGCCUAUGCAAGAUUCAUGACAAGGUAGCAAUGCAUGCCAUGGCAGUCAAAUAUGGAGGCAAGUUUGUUGACCUUUUUCUGAAAGCUUUUGAUUUCCUGCAAGCCCAGUUUCAGUCACACUAUGAAUUGAUAAUUCAAAUGUUCAAAGAAUUUCAGAAGGCAACACGAGUUAUACAGGCUUUGUGCUCUGAGGCUAAGGGGUCAAAACGGACGAUGGUUACAAGCAAGGUUCCUGCCACCAAGAGGUCCUUGGAGAAGUUCCUGUUCCAUGUUAAGGCUCUUCUUCAUAAUAAUUCAUCAAGCGGCUGCACUUUCUGGAUGGGUAACUUGAAGCACAAAGACCUUCAAGGCCAGGUGGUGAGUUCCCAGCUGUAUGAAGACGACGACGCUAAUCAAGUGAAAGAUCCAAACAGGAAUGAGCUCCCUGAAUCUGUGGGUGAUUGUGAAGAUUAUGACGCUGAAAACUGAAUGUGCCACAUGGAGGAAACUCAGUUCAGACUGCGAGAUUGUAGGAGAUAUUUUCAUCUCAGGCCGUGAUUGUUACAACUCUAGUCCAAGUACACGGCUUGACAUAUGAGUUCCUUGAUUUACAAUGAAGCACCUGUCUAUGAGCUUAACAACAGGUCCAUUUUAUGCGCUCCUAUCAAUUAUCCGAACCAAACUCAUGCUUCCGAGUUGCAAUGCCAGCAAUCUUGCUCGAUAGGAAGGUGAAGCUAAAGCCCUAAACCAUCUUGCUUUUCUAAAACAUUUUACAUGUUUGUGCUUUAAGAUUGUUGCUGGUUGAAGAAAGAAGCUUUAAUUGAACUAAUUUGUGGACUCAUAACCCAAUCCAACUUACUGCCCAAGGUUCAUAUAUUGUAUUCCACUUUUUGGAUGUAGGUUAAAGGUAAUGUUAGGUAUGUUCUAAUUUGCAUUGCUAGAUAAUUAUAUGGGCAUUUUCAUACGGAGCACGAAAUUCUUUUGUAUUUACGUAUCUGAAAAUUA